CUGCUCCUUCCUCGGGCCCUUGCUGGGCCUCGCUUUCUGCUCUCCUUUCGGGCCCUGCUAUGCUAGCCUCUCUAUGAGCUUCAAGCCCAAUAUCGCUCAACUAUGGGCCCAACACCAGCCCUGUUUCUUCUUCUCCUGAGCUCGACCCGGUUCGGCCGCCAUUUCGGCUCCACCAGCUGCAUCAGCAGAUGCCACGGUAGUAGUUCAUCACAGAGCAGAGUCGACGUCCAGAAGGGGUGGCUAUGGCGGGGCUACUAGCAUGGGCGGCAGACGUUGUAGGCGGUCACGGAAGCGUUCACGGCGACGAAGCCGACGACAUCCCGAUUCUCUUCACGGAAGAGCAGCAGGAGUAUGUUCGAGAAUUAGACCGGAAUGCGGCUUCUCUCACCCGUGCGAUCCAAGAUCUGCGGCAGAGGUUGCCUCCUGCCGACAUCUCCCAACGCCUGCCUCACCUUCUUGCCCACUCCCUCGCCUCCAAUGCUGCUCUGCCACCAAAGAACAGUAUGAAGGAUAGCUCCAGGGCUUCAGAAUUUCGGAAAUUACAGUGGUUAGUGAUUCGGAGGCUUCUUUGUUACCUGCAGACCCAGUUGAGAGAAGUUAUAUUGCAAGAAGAAAAUGCUGCAUACGAAAGAGCUAUUUCAAGUUGUGAAAGCAGGAUACAAGAGAAAGUUCAGGAAGCAGAUUUACUUCUAAGGAACCUGAACCUGAAGGAGGUUACGGAAGGUUCAGAGGCAGAAGCUGCGAAAGUAUCUGUACUUGAGAAGUUGGAGACCAAGAAAAAGGAACUGAGUUCAAUGGAGGAAAUUGUUCAAGAGCUAGACAGGAAGUGGGCACAUAUCCUGGAUAAAGCAUUAAAACAGCUUACCCCAGCUCAAAGAGAGAAGAUAUUGGAUAAACAGCUUCACAGCUUAAUCGAGCAACUAGCAGCAAAGCAGCCACAAGCAGAAGCCCUGGUCGGUGAAAUUCAUCUCAAAGAGAUGAAGUUGGAAAAGUUGAGUGGGUUGUGGAAGCAGAUUGAAAGCAGCAGCAAUGGUGAAUCCAAUUACCCAGCUAGGAACCGUUACGGAAGGAGUAACUCAUUGAAGACUUCUGUAGGUUCCAUAGAUUAUAUGUCUGACAAGCUUCCUCGUUCCACUGGCUGUCGGACUGAGUACCAGAACGACUUAUGUUACUGAGGUCGGCUUUUGUGCUCUACAUUUUGUUCUUACACAUAGUAGUGUUCAUCAAGCUUUCAUUUUGAAACAGACAAUAGGCUAAUGAUUUCUUUUUCUUUGUAUUCAUUGUACAUAAUUAUUUCCCAUACCAUCUGUAUAGAAGUUGUGAUUCAUCUGUUGUCUUGAACAUUGGUAUCCCUGCUGUUGUCAUGCAUCUGAUGAAGUGAUUAUACUAUGUAUAUUCUUGUUCUCAGAUUACAUUAUAUUCAGUUCGGUAUUUUUCGGUCCAAGUGCCAGUGUUGUCUUUUAUGGAUCAAGCUGUUACACACCAUUAUAUUGUAAAAAUUGCUAACAGAAACCUAGCAUGGCCUCUCACCAUACUAGCUAAAUUCCCUCGUUAACAUUCCUUAGAAAGGUUUAACAGUUUCCUUCUUCAUGAUGUAGAGCAAGAACUCGUUCCAUGUGUCAAUAGGCCCUGGCAAGCACCAAUGAACACAAUCAUUCACCGUCAUAUUCUUUUCUUGUGAUGUGUACCCAAAUCGACUUGGGUGCCCAUCUGGCCUCAGCAGCAUUGCUUCAGUAGCAGCCAGCAGCUCAAAUUUCAACCCUUUACUCUUCCCUUCUCUCUUUGCCUUCUCCAGCUCCCUAAUUUGUGCCUUGUAAAACUCUAAAGUGUACCCUUCUAGCUUCGCUUCUCCGUUCCUCGAUGGUCUUGUCCUCAAACAAUCUCCACCAGAGUUCCAUUCUCCAUUCUCAAAGUGGGAUGGAGAAAAUGUCCUCAGGAAUGUGAUGCCCUUGUAGUUCUCCAGGCUUUGGAGGUAGCUCAAGGCAGUUCGGAAGGCCAUACUGUAUCCAUAGUAAUGUGUGACAGAAGUAACGGUCUUGUUUCUGCACUUGUGGCAACUCACCAACUGUUCAUCAAUGUAGUACAUAAGCGGUCUAAAGAACCAGUGGCCAGCAGAGAUGAUCACAAAAUCGAAAUCCUCGAUCUGGGUGGCCCAUUCCUCACUAGGCUGGUCUAAGUAUAGGUUCAUGGUGCUGUCGAGGGAAGGCCCGUUUGGGUCCGAGUCUCGUGCUUUGACCAAGAAGGGAGACCAAAAUGAUGCCAGUGUGAAUGCAUGGUCUGGGUAGAACCAUCUUGUGGAGUAUGCCCUGCUUGUUGUGUUGCUUUGAGACCUGUUCUCAGGAUAUGAAACACUCAUUAAGAGACAGAGCAGUGACUGUGCUUGAUUCCAUCCGACGGAGUCUCCAAUGAAUGCCAUAGACUUCCCUCGAACGAGCUCUAGGAACUGCACUGCGUCGAAUAAAGGCAGCUCGCAGUCCUUUGGCCUCCAUCUCCACUUCAUGAACUGUCUAUCUGACCUUCCAGAUCUUAUGCAGUUGUUGUGCGGAACUAUGAAGGGGCAUUGUUCACUGGUGUAGUUAGGUCCUCUAGGAUAAGGAACCCAGUCUCCUGUGAAAAUAUUACAUUCUCUCUGUCUUGCAAUGCUCUUGAUAGAAGAUAGUAAUUGUGAACCAGAGCUCUUGAAUACUAGACUAAGAGGGACUAGGGUUAGGGAAAUUAUAAUGAGAGACAUCAGAAGUAACCUGUUGGGAGUAUCAUAGCAGCUUGGUGAAAGAACCUUCAUGGUGGGAGAAAUGUGAAGAAGAAAAGAAGACUUGGGUUGGUUUAGUGCUGGUGCAAAAUCAUUGAGG